CCCGCCGCUACCCGCACAACGACGACGACGACGCCGCUGCUGCCGUCAUCAGUGAUUCGUUUUGUACGUUGUUAGACUCUCUCGCUGCGUUUUGGAAUUCAGUCGAGAACGAUAAUUAACGGUGGUUGUAUCACAUCACGCGCAGCAGCAGCAAAGCAGCAUAGCAGCAGAACAGAGCACCAAAGCAGCAGAGAAGAGCACGACGAAGAGAAUCCGACCAUCGACACAUCAACAUCGACACCGAAAACGAAUUCGAAUCCGAGAACGAGAGCUGCGCGCCCCCCCUCGUUUGCAGCACCGUCUACAGUAAAAACUGCAACUUUGUUUCGGAUCUAUAUACUAUAUAUAUAUAUAUAUAUACUCGAUAUAUACCACGCGAUUCCGGGGACUUGUGAAUUUUUGGUUGUGUUUCAGCCUUUAAUUUGCUUCGUUCGGUCGUUGGGUUUUUUUUGCGGUUCCAUUUCGCGUGUGUGCGACGCAUCGACGUCAGCAAUUAUUGAGGAGCAGCGGCAGUGGCAGUGGCAGUGGCAGAAGCAGCGGUAGUGGCAGCAACCAGCAACCAGCAACCAGCGGCUCUGGAAAGACUAUAAUUAUAAAACUAAAGUGAAAAGCGUGCCAUAAUUACAAGACAAAUAUCAAUAAGUGCAAGAGCGAAAUGUGCGAAAAUUGUUAAAGCAGAAGGAAGAGCAGAAGGAGCACAGAAGGAGCAGCAGCAUCCAGAGGAAUCCAUAGCAGAGGAGCCACCACCAUCCUCCUCUUCCUCCAUCCAGGAAUCAGCAUCCAAUCACCACGCAAAUUGCAUUUACAAUAUGAUUGAUGCGGCCUGCAAUUACCUGAAUCCCUAUGCUCUGCCCCAGCAGCAGCAGCAUCCCCACCAGCAACAGCAUCCCCAUCCGCAUCUCCAGCAGCAGCAACAGCAACAGCAGCAGCAGCAACUCCAUUUGCAACAGCAGCAGGAGCACCAGCAGCAACAGCUCCACAUGCAACACCAACAGCAACAGCAGAUGCAACAUACUCAGCAGCAGCAGCAAUCGUCGCAUGAUUUCAUUAGCGCCAGCGCCUCCAGUGGCACCACCCCCAACUCCAACUCCAGCAGCUCCAGCAUCAGUGGCUGCAGCACUAGCAGCUCCCCGCUGUACGGCGUUGGGAUUGGCAUCGGCAUAGGAAUCGGAAUCGGGAAACCCGGAAUGAAAAUGGAAAUGCAAUAUCCGCCACAGGCCUCCUCCACGGGCACGGCCUCGCCCAACUCCAGCAUCCAGUCGGCACCAUCCUCGGCGAGCGUGUCGCCUAGUAUCUUCCCCUCGCCGGCCCAGUCCUUUGCCAGCAUCUCGGCCAGUCCCACCGCAACGGGGGAGAGCAGGAUCGCCGUGCCAUCAGCAGGAGCGGCGGCAGUGGCCGCCUCCACAGCAGCCACAUCCUCCGCAUCCGCAUCCACACCCUCAUCAUCAUCCUCGGCAGCAGCAGCGGCGGCGGCGGCAGCAGCAGCUGCAGCGGCAGCCGCGGAUCUGGGGGCAGCGGCGGUGGCCAGCGCCGCCUACGGAUGGAAUUCGGCAGCAGCCGCCUACUCGGGUCUGCCCUCAAGAAGCCAAUUCCCGUACGCACAAUACGCGUCGGAUUACUACGGGAACGCGGUGGGCAUGUCCUCGUCGGCCGCCUGGUUCUCGCACCAGGAGCGCCUGUACCAGCCGUGGUCCUCGCAGAGCUAUCCGAGCUUCAACUUCGACGACAUCGCCUUCCAGACGCAGCUGCAACGCCGCUCAGUGCGAUGCACCUGCCCCAAUUGCACCAACGAGAUGAGCGGUCUGCCGCCCAUUGUCGGCCCGGACGAGCGGGGUCGCAAGCAGCACAUCUGCCACAUACCCGGCUGCGAGCGGCUCUACGGCAAGGCCUCCCACCUGAAGACCCACCUGCGAUGGCACACAGGCGAGCGCCCGUUCCUCUGCCUCACCUGCGGCAAGCGCUUCUCCCGCUCGGACGAGCUGCAGCGGCACGGACGCACCCACACCAACUACCGCCCGUACGCCUGCCCGAUCUGCUCCAAGAAGUUCUCGCGCAGCGACCACCUCAGCAAGCACAAGAAGACCCACUUCAAGGACAAGAAGAGCAAGAAGGCCCUCGCCGCCGAGGCCAAGGAACAGGCGGCGGCAGCCAUUGGCUCCAGUACCGGCUCCGGCUCCAUCAAGCAGGAGAAGGCGGAGAAGCUCCAGAAAAAGUCCAAGACCCUUUCGCCACCUGUGGAGUUCAAGCAAGAGCAGCCGGAGAGCGCCCUGCUCCACAGCUAUGCCCCCUAUGCCAAUCUCUACCAGCAGUCAUCCUCCGCCUCAACCUCGCUGGCGGCUCCACCCCCGCCGCCCCCACUCUUCCAGCAGCAGGCGGCCCUCCACCAUCAGCAGCAACAGCAACAGCAGUCGCAGAUCGGGCUGGGGAGCAGCUACGAGCCGUGGAGCAGUGCCGCCAACAAUCGUGCCAUACAACUACCGACUACCUCAGUGACCGCCACCUCAGUACCCGUCACGGCCAGCUCCCCGUCCUCCUCCUCAGCCUCGGCCAGAUCCCCAUCGGCAUCUGCAUCGGCAUCGGCAUCCUCCGCGUCCGCAUCUGUAUCCGCCUCCGCAUCGGCAGCUGUGGCCGCUUUGGCAUCGCAGCAGCAGCACUACGCCGCCCUGGCUAUGCAGAGCGAAUCCCAGUUGGCGGCGGAGUAUGGAUUGACCAUGUCCGGCCUCGCCAGCGGCGCCAGCCAGGACUCCAGCUCGAGCUGUGCCGGCUCCAAUGCAGUAUCGAGCCACUCAAGCGGCGGUGGCGGCUACUCCAGCCUCAUUGGGCACAUGAAGUCGGAGUAUGCGGCCAGCUAUCCCACGGAAUUUGCCACCGGCUCCUCCGGUUAUGGGUACCCGCACUCGCAUCCGCAUCAUCCGCAUGCGCAUCCGCAUCAUCAUCAUAAUGCCUGGGCAGCGGCCUAUCAUCCGCAUGCCACGGCCUAAGGCUCUACUAAUCACCAUCCACCAUCCAUAA